ACUGCCUUUCUGGCCUGGCUCUAGCCCACGUGGGUGGGUGCAACAUGGCGGGUUUUGUGGAUCUGAACAUCCCUCACUUGCCGGAGAAGGAGGCGCUUCGGAAGUUGGUGGAAACCGCGGCGCACCUUGGCUACUCGACUGUAGCAAUCAAUUAUGUUGUUGAUUAUGAAGAAAAGAAAAAGGAAAUUGUCAAGCCAAUAUCUCCUGCUGAAUUGUUUCCGACUUUGCCUCGUGUGCAGGGGAAAUCCAAGCCAAUUAAGAUUUUAUCAAGGCUGACGCUUGUUGUUUCUGAUCCAUCACACUGCAACAUUUUGAGAUCAUCAUCUACAAACAUAAAGUUCUACGACAUCUUCGCUGUAUUUCCUAAGAAUGGGAAACUCUUCCAUGUGGCUUGUACAACUUUAGAUGUGGAUCUUGUGUGUAUCAAUGUGACAGAAAAGCUGCCCUUCUAUAUCAAGAGACCAUCUGUCAGUGUGGCAAUUGAUCGAGGCAUCUACUUUGAACUUCUUUACGUGCCUGCCAUCAAAGACUCAACGAUGCGAAGGUACACCGUUUCAAAUGCGCUCAGCCUGAUGCAAAUCUGCCGGGGAAAGAAUAUUGUUCUAUCCAGUGCAGCAGAAAGGUCUUUACAUCUCCGAGGUCCAUAUGAUGUGGCAAAUUUAGGUUUCCUGUUUGGACUGUCAGAAAGCAAUGCUAAGGCAGCCGUUUCAACAAAUUGCCGAGCCGUCAUUCUUCAUGGAGAAACCAGAAAGACUGCCUCUGGAGUGGUGUAUACCAAGAAGAAACCACGGACCCCAGAAGAAGAUGAGUCCUCUCCUGUCAGCAAAAAAGCCAAGACGACUUUGUGACAAGCACGUUCUCCUCUGUAGUGUCCACCAACACAGUUGCCACAUUUGAAUGGCUCGAUGGGAGAGCCAUUAUAUUUGUGCUUUGAAGGGAGAUAACAAUGUUUCUUGUAAUAGAGCUUCAGUUGGAUUAUGUGGAACAGUUUUGACUGUGGACACUGAAUACAUUACUUACUUUUUGAAGGAGAUAUUUCUUCUCAAACUCCUGCCAGAAAUGGAAAUAUAAAGUUUAGGGAAACAAGAGA